AUGAAUAAUGACAACAAAAAAAGAAAAUUUAAAGGUGGUGCAGAGAAAAAUAGGGAAAAACACCAGAAAAUAUUAAACACUGUGGCCCAACAAUGUCACAAAAUAACUAACAUGUUUUCUUCCAAUACAUCAUGUAAACAAUCUGUAGCCAAAAAUAUUUCUCUACAAGUUAUUCGAGAAAUUGCAGAUGGUUCCAAUAUUGUAAUAGACAACCAUUCUACAAAUAAUUGUUUGGAAUCUGCAGCCAAAAAUGUUUCCACUGAAGUUAUUGAAGAAAAUGCAGAUAUUGCCAAUAUUGUAAUGGACAACAAUUCUACAAAUAAUUGUUUGAAAUCUGCAGCUAAAAAUGUUUCCACAGAAGUUAUUGAAGAAAAUGCAGAUAUUGCCAAUAUUGUAAUGGAAAACAAUUCUACAAAUAAUUGUUUGAAAUCUGCAGCUAAAAAUGUUUCCACAGAAGUUAUUGAAGAAAAUGCAGAUAUUGCCAAUAUUGUAAUGGACAACAAUUCUACAAAUAAUUGUUUGCAAUCCGUAGUCAAAAAUGUUUCACUUGAAUUAUUUGAAGAAACUGCAAGUGGAGAUCUAUUGGAUGGUUCAAAUAUAAUUUUUAGAAAUGAUCCUGUUAAUUUUGUUAAUGUUGAACAAUGGACUCCAGAGUUAAAAAAUAUGAUUCUAAGUUUGGGAGCUUGUCAGCCCAAAGAACAAGAUUUAAGCUUGGUGAGUUAUGAAAAAGACCAUCUAAAUAGAAGUUUUCAUUCAGCUUGGUACAACAGAAAGUUAAUUGAUAAUACAUAUGUAAAACGGGAAUGGCUUAGUUAUUCUCCUAAAUUAAAUAAGAUAUUUUGCCUCUAUUGCAUAUUAUAUGGUAAAAAUACCAAUACUGCAUGGACAAAAGAAGGUUUUUGUCAUUGGAAAAAUGGAUCAUUAUCAAUUACUAAACAUGAAACUUCUUCUACUCAUAUAUUUGCAUCAUUAAAAGUUAAAUUAAAACAAAGUUGUCUACCAAUUCUACCAUCAAUACUUGAAGACCAUAACCGGCAAGUGGCAUUCAAUAGGGAACUAGUUAAACAAUUAAUUGAAAUAACAAUUUUUUUGGCAAGACAUAAUCUCCCAUUCAGAGGGCAUAAAGAAAAUUGGGAAAGUGACUUGAAAGGAAAUUUUAAAGAUAUGGUUGUUCUAAUUUCACAACAUUCGCCUACUCUAUCUGUUCAUAUCAAUCAGUUAAUGGCCAAAGGAAAGAAAGAAAAUUCUUUUAUUUCUUGGGAUCGACAGAAUUCUCUAAUAGACUCCAUUGCUCAAUAUAUUUCGUCAGUUAUUAGAACACAGAUUGUGAAGGCUGGAUAUUUUAGUAUAUGUAUGGACACGACAUUUGAUGUUUCACACAAGGAGCAGCUUUCAUUUAUUGCAAGAUACAUUUUCAAAUCUAAAAUACAUGAAAGAAUUAUUGCAAUAACUGAAUCGCCUUUAACUACUGGUAAAGUGCUUUUUGACAUGUUUAAAUGUGUAAUGGAAAAAUGUGGUUUGAACUGGAAGAAAAAUUUAGUUGGUCAGUCUUACGACGGUGCUGCAAAUAUGAGGGGGUCAUACUCUGGACUCCAAGCACAAAUUCUUGAUGAAAAUCCAAAAGCUCUUUUUGUGUGGUGUCAUGCCCACAGAUUAAAUUUAAUAGUUUUAUCUGCUGUUGGAUCUUGUAUAGAAGCAGUAGAUUUAUUUGGGAAUAUGGAAAAACUUUACUGUUUUAUAACAUGCAGUAAAAAAAGAUCAGACAUUUAUAGAAUGAAGCAAAAAGAAAUUUAUCCAAAAAAACAAGUACAUGCAAUAAAAAGAGUUGGUACCACAAGAUGGAUGUCAAACUCAUUUGCCUUGGCAACAAUUUUUGAAACACUGGAAGCAAUAUUGAAUAUGUUAGAGGAAGUUAAAAAUCAAGAUGGCUCGUCAGAUUAUAAAAUAGCCACUGAAUGCAAUGGGCUAUUAAUGUAUUUUCAGUCUUCUCGUUUUAUUGUAACAGCAUUUAUGUUUAAGCAUCUGUUUGAUAUUCUAGGGCCUUUAAGUAAAUUAUUUCAAGGUAGAGAUUUAGACAUUUUGGCUGCCGUCAAUUAUUUAAAAAAAGCAGAAAAUAAUAUUAUUAUGAUGCGUAAUGAUGAAGUUUUCAAUGAUAUUUUUGAAGAAGCAAAAUCAUUUUCAGAAAAACAUUUUGGUGAUUUUGAAAUAAAUAAUUUACGAUCCUUUAGGAACAGGAAAAAAAAAGUUGUUCGACAAAUCGGAGAGAUAACUUUUGAUGAAACUAUUGAGAAUCCAGUUCAAUACUUUAAAGUAUCAGUAUAUUUUGUAACAAUCGACAUUAUAAUACAACAGAUUCAUGACAAGUUUAAUCAAAAUUCAGUAUCAGUCAUGAAAGAUAUUGGUCUAUUAUCAUUAAAAAGAAUGAAAGAAAAAACUGAUCUCCCUCAAGAUGCAUUUAAAAUGAUAUGCAAUGUGUAUGGAUUAAACCAAGAAUUAAUCAAAAAUGAAUAUAUCAUGUUUAAAGAGAUUGUUAAAGAUUUAGAUGUUAACUUGUUAUUAAAGCUACCAGAAAAAAUCCAUGCAGACUCUGAUGAAGACAACAUUCAUAGUGACGAUGAAGAAAGUGAUGGGGAAAUAGACAAUUAUAAAAACAUGGCAAGUUUAAUAAAUAUUUUUGAAACAAUGAAUAACGCCAACAUAAAAGCAGAAUUUGAAAACUUAUAUAAUAUAAUUAAACUAAGCUUAACACUACCAACGUCUAGCUGUACAGUUGAAAGAAGUUUUUCAAAAUUAAAAAUUAUAAAAACCAGGCUACGUUCAACGAUGGAACAAACAAGAUUAGAAAAUUUAAUGCUCAUUUCAUGUGAACAUGAUAUAAAUAUUGAUAUUGAUAAAGUAAUAGACAUUUUUGCUGGAAAAUCAUCAGUUUUGACUAAAUUAUUAACCUUUUAA